GAACAGCAGCGGCUUUUUUUCUCAAGCGUAAAGAGAAAUUUUCGUAUUGAAACGCAGAAAAAUUCUAUAUUAAUUAAACUAGUGUGUGCGCUAUUAAAAUAGAAAAAGUUUUUGUAUUGCAUUUAAUUAUUAGCGAGCAAAUAAUUUGUGUAGUCGCUUGAACGCUUAUAAUACUAUGUAUGCAUCAAUACUAAAAGCGUGAGCAUCGAAAACGAGAAAAAAAUUGUCUUGUCGGGGUGAACCACUGUAAAUGGCUAGAGAGAUUCCGAGUUCCAAUACGGCGCAUUCCAUUCGCGUUCACAUUGAUGAUGUACAUUGAACAUACACCUUUGGAAGAUAAUCUGCAAUUUUUUGUGAAGAAUCACAUUCCCGCCAGUGACGCCAACUCAAUACUGGCGCAUGUACGCGGCGUUGACGAAACUACUGCAACACAACUGCAAACGCAGACGCAAGCCAACGUUGCCUACUCCGGUUAUACCGGACGCUUGAACGUGCUCAAAAUUAGUGAAGCUCCAGGAAGCAAAGUUCUAAACAUUGCAGGACAACACGAACAAAAUAUUUAUUUAGCUGGAAAUAAAGUGUCACCGCCAGGUGUCACCAACCGUAACGCUGUAUCACCAAAACUUAACGGCAUCGGUAAGACAGCAUACGAAGAAGAGGAAGGGGAAGAGAAUGAAAAAUAUGAAUUAAUUGAUAUUGUUGAUGAACAAGAAGAAACGGUCGAUACACAAAAACAUAAUAAACAACAAAGUCUGGAAUCUGAAGUGAGAGGCGCUGAAACGGAGCACACACCUGCGACAAAUGAAAUUAUUAUACAAAUAGAAGACGAAGAAGAUAACUACGAAUACUGUGUACAGCCUGUAGCCAAACAGCGCAAAUAUAGUGAAACUAAACAACCAAAUAAAGUUUUUGGUCAACGCAGACAGCCACCUUACGAACCAUCGCAAGCUCGUAAGCGACCUUUUCGUCCAGUACCGGCAGCAAUUCCUAUCACAACUUGGCAACACGAGUUAGAAUUACCGCCAUUAGAGCUCAUACCACCGCAACCGCGCCGCCAACGAGUUUUGAAUGGUAAUUUACCACCAAUUCAACUACAGCGCAGUGAUAGCACCGGAAGUGUUACCAGUAGUUAUUAUUUGACUGAGGACGACUUCGAAUACGCCGGACAAAGUUACGCAAACGGUUAUCGUGAGCGAUCGCAAGCCGAAGAAGAGGCUGAGGAAAUAAUAGCAGAGACAGCAGAAGACUACGAGGAACACUACACGCGGCCGGAACUUACACCGGUACAGCACAACAACUCACAGAUGGGUAUCGAUAUAUUCAACAGACUACGACGUUUGUUGAACUUAAACACCAAUUCUACAGACAACACCCAAGAGGAGCAAUCACGAAAAAGAUCUGGGAACUAUUCAGCUGAUGCCAAUCCACACCCAAUAAAAUAUAAAAAAGUAAAUAAUCGUUUUCCUAAAAUUAUCACUCACAGAUUGGAUGAUGAAAAACCCAAAUACCGCAAGUCUAUGUUUACCGCGCCUACAGUUACACACCGUUUGAUAAAGAAUACUUCAUACGCCGAUGUGGAGUUUUCCGAUGAUGAUGAACCGCAAUUGAUAAAAGGUUUUGGCAUCGGUAUAGCAAGCGGGCCGAACUCAAGCGAUAUGCGCGCACGUAAAAAAGUACCACAUACGUACAAUGUGCCGAUUCUGUGCGAAAGUGAUGGCGCUCGAACAGCGGUGUCAAAACCGCCACCACCACUCAUUGAGCCGCGCACGGGUAGCAUCCUAGCGACGUCACUGAUGCCGGAGAUCGAUUUGACAAAGCGCAAAACCAUGUCUUACUCGGAUGUUUUGCGACAGAACCUACAAAUGCCCGGUAGUGGUGGGCAUGUGCUGGGCAGACGCUCCGCUAGUUCGGUCUCCUCCUCUGGCGCGACAUCUGCAUCCAAUGGUGGACUGAACAUUUUGGGUAACAUACGCUCCAAUAUGUGGUCGACCAAUGCGCGUUCCAUACUCACGCAAGAAAAAGAAACCGAAGAACACGUCAAGUAUCAGCAACUUUUAGAGCAGGUUGUGCCCUGUAUAUAUGGCGCUUCCGAAGCUGCAAAUGUGCGUACAUUAGCAAAGCCAGCAUUCAGUUUCGAUGCGCCACAAAGACGACGCAGUACAUUGCAAGACACUAGCAACAACCAGAAGCCAAUAACUAAUCAGCGACAGUCACUGACACUGCAAGAUAGCUAUGCGCGCGCUUUGAAACGGCCACCACUCUCGUCCACCAUUAACCUGGAAGAUGAUGAUGAUGACGAAGAUGAGGAGAACAAUGCGGAUGUCACCUUUGUGGGUGUGCAGCAGCGCCGUCCUGUGCGUAAUGGUCUGUCAACAGUAAUUAUCGACGAUGACGAUGAGAUCAGUGAGAUAAUCGACUUGGAUGAUGAUGAGCAGCAAGUGGUGUCGGCAUGCACAAAACUAAAUGAACAAAAUGCGAGUGGCACAAAGGAUAAGAAGAAAAGUGCAUUGCGGCUGCCCUACGUUGAACCGGUAAAUACGUUGCAAGAACGUUUCAACACAUCACCGCAUUUGAAAGCCAAUUGGUUGGAGGCACUGCAUACAAAAUGGACUGAAAAGAAGAAGAGCCGCCUGCAAGAGGUCAACGAAACCGUCAAUGUUGUGGAGAAGCUAACAGCCGAACGGCGCGCAGCCGAGUUCGAAAUGCAUGAACGUCUGCGCAAAAUACAAAUAGUCGAUCCUGAUUUGCUAGUGAUCGAUGACUUCCCAGAACCAGAGGUUGAGGAGGAACCUGAAUUUAUCGAAUUAACACCCGAACACCAAGCCCGCAUAAAAGCAGCUGUUAUAGGUUCAUCUGAUCAGCUUCUGGUCUCCAAAUUCAACUUGAACAUUUGCCGUCGCGAUAUACACACAUUGAUGGGCCAAAACUGGCUAAACGACGAGGUUAUCAACUUCUACAUGAACCUGCUCACCGAACGCGGUGAAACCAAGCAUGAUUCGCACGGUUUACCCACGGUCUAUGCCAUGAAUACAUUCUUUGUGCCGCGUCUACUUUCAGCCGGCCACAGUGGCGUGAAGCGUUGGACGCGUAAAGUGGAUAUAUUCUCCAAAGAUGUAAUACCAGUGCCGGUGCAUGUCGGCGGUGUGCACUGGUGUAUGGCCAUUAUUCACCUGAAGAAUCGCACCAUUAAAUACUACGAUUCCAUGGGCACACCAAAUCCGAGCGUGUUAAAAGCACUCGAACAAUAUCUGAAGGAUGAAUCGUUGGAUAAGCGAAAGCAACCGUUCGACACGAGCCAAUUUGAAAUUGAAUCGGUGCGUGAUGUGCCGCGUCAAAUGAACGGCAGCGAUUGUGGUGUAUUCAGUUGCAUGUUUGCCGAGUAUAUAACACGAAAUCGGGAGAUAACCUUCUCGCAACAGCAUAUGCAAUAUUUCCGUCACAAAAUGAUAUUGGAAAUUGUCAGUGGCGAAUUGUUGCAGUAACGCGAUAAUAAAGCCGGAGUGUCAAAAAAUUAUAUCAGCUGAGAAUUUAACCAGAAAAACAACAUAAUAAGGUGUGUGUGUGUUGGUGACACGCGAAGAAAGGCAAAAAGGCAUACAAGAUAUUUUAAAACUUCGCGCGUGCAAUUUGCAACGAAUGCAUAUGUCAAGGCGACUUGCAAGCAACAACAAAUUCAUGCUGGCUGUUGGCAACACCUACAUAUGCAGUAUAUAUAUAUAUAAAAUUUAGUUGAAGUGAACGCAUUGGCGCAUAUACAUAAAUAAAUUUUCAUUUGAGACAACAGCAAACGCUAUAGAUCGCGUUCGACUACAACAACAAAACUACUACUAAUUUAUUGCUACUACGCAUCAAUUGCUGUCGGUUUUUGGUGUUUCUUUUCUUUCUUUCAGUUUAAACCAAGAUUUAAUAAUGCAGUUUACAUUAAAUUGAUAAUUUCGCGCAAUAAUUGCACCUACUUACUCUACUAUUAAUGCUAUUAGUAUCUUAAUUACAAAAAAAAAAACUAAAAAAAAAAAGAUUUUGCAAAUACAAAAUUCGAUAUAAAUAUAUGAUGUAAUAAUGUUCUAUUUAAGUUUCUGUGGUAACAUUUGUAUUUUUUAAUAUUUGAAUAUGUUAUUUAUGUAUUGCGCGUGCAAUUUCUGGUUUGCUAUAAACGCAAUCGCCAUGUAAAUUUGCUAUAAAAAACGUGCAAGUCUUUGGUAGCGUGGCAAAAUUCAGAAAACGCAAGAAGUGUGCAGAGAAAGCACAAACGCUUUUAAUUUCUUAAAUUAUUUCAUUAUAAAGCAGAGAGCAAAAGGCGCUUGGGUUCUAUAAAAACGAAAACAAAAUAAAAAAGGAACAAAAAAGCAACGGAAUAGUUAUAAUUUCAAAUGGCAAGCAACCUACUACAUAAUUAUUAAUUUAUCUGUCUAAUAUAAGCCGUCUACAGUUAUAAGGUAGCAUUUCUGAAUUACUUACAUACAUACGUAUAGUUUUAAAGAAUAAUUUGUAUGUCACUGAUUUAAAGAAUAAAUACUAUAGAAAAA